GGCAGCGGGGGGCCCGGCAGGGAUGGAGGUGGGAAGCAUCACCACCCUCCCCGCCUUGCCCGACGGCGGCGGCGGCAGCGGCGCCUUCCCGCCCGGACACUUCAAGGACCCCAAGCGGCUGUACUGCAAGAAUGGGGGCUUCUUCCUGAGGAUCAACCCGGACGGCAGAGUGGACGGCGUCCGAGAGAACAGCGACCCCCACAUCAAAUUGCUACUUCAGGCAGAAGAGAGAGGAGUUGUGUCAAUCAAAGGUGUAUGUGCAAAUCGUUUCCUUGCUAUGAAUGAAGAUGGCAGAUUGCUUGCACUGAAAUAUGUAACAGAUGAAUGCUUCUUUUUUGAACGCUUGGAAUCUAAUAAUUACAAUACAUAUCGUUCUCGGAAAUACCAUGAUUGGUAUGUUGCACUGAAACGAACUGGGCAGUUCAAACCUGGACCAAAGACUGGACGAGGCCAGAAAGCUAUCCUUUUCCUUCCCAUGUCUGCCAAAUGCUGAUUACAGUGAGAGAGUCUACAAAGUGUGCCACAGCAGUGGUACACCUCCCCCUUCUCACAAGACAGAAUAAUGUGACCAAAUAUUUGUCAGGAUUAACUCCAUUUGCUGACUGAUCUCUGAUUAUUACUAUGGAGAACUGUGUAUACUGCAGAUUUUAAAUUACUUUAUUUCAAGGAGCCAUUGUGCCUUUUAACAUGUGCAUAAGGAUGUGCCUGUCUGUGUUAGAGAAUGUGAUAGGAUAAAGUACCUAUACACAUCUGUUACCAAGUCAAUAUUAUACUUGUUUUCUACUUGAGGAUCCUAGAAUAAUGUUACAAAAUACUUUUGGACAAUUCAGCAUAAAGGAAUUUAAAAUGUGCAGAUCUACAGAAUUGUUUAGCCUUUUAAAUGAAAUAAUAUAUAAUAUCCUUUUAGAAUUUUUGUU